GGAGACACAUGGAGAGCUUCAUGGACCGUGCCUUCCCAGCUGGAGGUGAAAGCGACACCAGUAAUGAUGAGUGGGAAGUCGACUUCGUGUCUGCCAAGAAGUCCUCUGCCAUCAAGAAUCUGGAUGAUGUCGUGUGUGGAGACAAUGUUUCCGUGCUGAAAAAAGCCAUCAGUAAUGGAGACACAGACACUGUUGAGCAGCUGCUGAACAGUGGGAUGGACGUGGAAACCAGACUGGGCUUUGGAUGGACUCCUCUGAUGAGUGCCGUCAGUGUGGCAAACUAUGACUUGGCCAAACUGCUACUGGACAAAGGAGCCAGUGCCAACUUCAGCAAAGAUCAUUGGACAGUGCUCAUGGCCAGUUGCACUGCAUCUGCAAGUGAGGACAGAAUUGCACGUUGUGUGGAGCUGCUGCUGUCAAGAAAUGUUGAUCCCAACGUGGCGGGCAGCUCUCAGAUGACCUGCUUGAUGUUGGCAGCCAGGGACGGCUACUGUAAGAUCAUAAACCUGCUGGUGUCCCACGGUGCCAAACUCAACAAGCAGAACAAGAUGGGAUACACAGCGUUGUCCGUAGCAGUUCAGUACAGCAGAGAGGAGGCGGUGUUGAAGCUCCUUCAGCUGGGGGCAGACAAAUCCAUAAGAACAACGAGCGGCAAAAGUCCUGCUGAUCUGGCUGAGAUCUUCGGGCACACGCAGAUCGCGCACAUUUUGACUUCAUCCCACCUUUCUGCUGCUCAGGCCGUCACUUCUGUGGACGAGAGCCCGUCUACAUUCUUCAAGACGAACUCUGAAUACCCAUCCUCUACGAAGAGUGCCAACAGGCUUGAUGAACUUGAGCUUUUCCUGCACGGCCUUGAUCUGGGCUACCUGACCAACAUCCUGUCUGAAAACGAUGUCACAUGGAACAACCUGCUGACCAUGGAGAAGGAUGACUUUGAAAAGAUUGGUAUCACAGACCCAGAGGAGCAGCAGAAGGUGAUGAGGGCUGUGCAGCAGAUGCACCUGGACAACGUGGACUUGGACUCAAUUAGCCCUCUUGGAGCUGGAGACAUGGGGAGUGAAGAUCUACAAAACUUUCUCAUCAGUGUGAGACAACAGUGCUGCUACCUGACAGAAACUGUUCAGGAUGUUGUGAGCCGUUUUCCUCGUCACGCCUCUCAGUUGGUCUUCUCGCUGGACCCAAAGAAGGAAGCCCAGACUGUGUGUAACCAGCUCGUAGUCGUAACUAAAGAUCUGCAAAAGGAAGUCAUCUGCCUCCGCAGUCUGCUGUGCCAGAUGGAUGAAGCCAAAGAUUGCCAUCAGCUCCCUCAGCCUCCUUCCUCCAGCAGCUGGAGAGCGUGGUUUCUGACCGUCACCGGUACCAGUGCGCUCGGAGCCGCCGCCAUCUUCCUGCUGUGCAAGGCUGCCGGCGGCAGGGCGUAGACCUUCACGAAGGUCUUCCAACCUGCGUACGUCUGUCAGACUUCCUGUUACGAUCUUGUUUCCUACUCCAAGUUCAGUCGUAAGAAUUUUAUUUUUAAGAGAUAUUUCAAAAAGUUUGUUUUGGUUUCUUAGCUCUUCAGCGAGUUUUGGUCCCAAGUCCUUUUAUUAGUUU